AUGGUCUCAGCGUUGGGCUGGGCCAUCUGCAGCGCGCCCGCUGGCAGAGUCAAAGAAACACGGCGCCCUAUUUCAUUGACCUACUGCCACAUUACGGCUUACCACGCAACGCGUAGCAGUGCGCUCGCGAUCCAACCCGCGUGCGUUCACGGCACCUGCGGCGAGAGCGACAACAACGACUGCUGGGUCGACGACCAAGGCGUCCAGGAUGCGUGGCACUUCGACGACGGGAUCAGUAUGGCAGAGGAGCUUGAGCGUUUGCUGGAGACCAUCUCGAUGGCCAUCAGGGGGGGCGGCCAGCGCCUGAGGGAAUUCCAGGAUGUGCAUGACGCUCCCGGGCGGCCUAGUGUAAGACGGCUGCAGGAGAUGAAGGAAUUUUGGCCCAAGGGUUCGGCAGCGAGGGUAACGGAGGCGAUCUGGAAGAUUUGA